UCGAACAGUAGAUAUUAUUGUUGACGAAUCGCCGAAUUUCCUUUCAUUUCAAUCGUGUGGUCAGCGUUAAACCAUUGCAAACCAACAAUUUAUUUUACGGAUCACGAUCAAAUAAAUUAUUUUGGGGUCAAAGGGGCGAUCGCCCUCCUUUGGAUUUAACAACUUUGAUUGGUAUUUGGUAUUUCGAGUAUUGAGUUUUCGACUUAUCCGGUGCUAUUUGAUUCUAUGAUUGAUUCAUUUAAUUCAUUCAAAUGGGACUUGUUAUAGGUAAACCGUUGUGCGACUUAUUGUGACCGUGUUUUCGUCCUCGGAUUUAGACCACAACUCGGAGUUCUUGUGUGAGCACGAUCAGAGAGUGUGUUGGCGCCAUGAUCGCGGUUAACUUCAGUAACUUCAUCGCCGAUGGAAGCAACGACACUCUAACACCUACAAGCGACUACGAUUACGCCGGCAGACCGGAAACAUACAUCGUUCCCAUAUUGUUCGCUGUUAUAUUCAUCGUCGGAACCAUCGGCAACGGUACGUUGGUGUUGAUAUUUGUCCGGCACAAGCAGAUGAGAAAUGUGCCUAACAUUUACAUUCUGAACUUGGCGCUCGGUGAUCUGCUGGUGAUCAUCAGCUGUGUGCCGUUCACAUCAACCGUUUACACGUUCCAGACGUGGCCUUACGGGCUGGCCGUGUGCAAAGUGUCGGAGAUGGCCAAGGACGUGUCGAUCGGCGUGUCGGUAUUCACGUUGACCGCGCUCAGCGCCGACCGGUACUUCGCCAUCGUGAACCCGAUGCGCAAGCUGCACACGUCCGUCGGCGGCCAGUUCGCUACCAGAUUCACGGUGAUCGUGGCCGUGGCCAUCUGGGCGGCGGCCGCGGUGUGCGCCGUGCCCGCCGCCCGAUUCUCGUACAUCCGCCAGUUCCGCGCGCACAACAUCACCCUGUUCGAGGCCUGUUACCCGUUCCCCGAGGACCUGGGGCCGGCCUAUCCCAAGGCCAUGGUGAUCGUCAAGUUUCUCGUCUACUACGCCGUGCCGCUGGCCGUCAUCACGUGCUUCUACGUGCUCAUCGCCCGGUACCUGGUGCACACCUCCAACAACAUGCCCGGCGAGCUCCAGGGACAAAUACGUCAAGUGCGGGCGCGGAAAAAGGUUGCCAAGACCGUGCUGGCGUUCGUGCUGAUGUUCGCUGUCUGUUUCCUGCCGCACCACGUGUUCAUGCUGUGGUUCUACAACUACCCCAAGUCCACGGACGAGUACAACACGUUCUGGCACGUGUUGCGCAUCGUCGGCUUCUGCAUGAGCUUCAUCAACUCGUGCAUUAACCCUAUCGCCCUGUACCUGGUGAGCGGCACGUUCCGCAAAUACUUCGACAGACAGCUGUUCCGAUGGUGCGCGGGACCGAUGGCCGCAGCGGCCACCGACACCAACGUGUUCAUGAUCCGGAAGAACGGCACCGUGAGCCGGGACGCGAGGAUCAGCGAGUCCGUCGCGGCCGUGCAGCGGGCCCGCGUCCACGACGGCAGCCGCAACCGAGACAAACAGCAACAGCAGCAGUAGGAUACUCCCGUCCGCGGUGACGGCGUUCCGGAUUUUGAGUGUUAAAAAAAAUAAACCCGUUAUUUAUGAAUCAACGAGGUAUAAAUACUGUUUAUAUUCAUGUACAUGCACGCACGUUGUACAAUCGGGGUAGGACCAAGGGGUUCAGAACUCCCUUAUUUUUUCUAUAACAGGGAAAACAUAUAAACUAUUCAAUCGUAGGUAAUCUAACCUUUUUUUCAUAGAUUUAAUACAUAGUAGUUAAUGAAUUGCUUACUUUUUUGAAUUGUAAUAGAUUUUAAAUUUGAAAAACCAAGUAUAUUAUUUACGUUU